CGCACGCACAUUAUUCCGAGAGGCAAGAUGCCACAGAGAAUGAUUUUAUCCCUUAUCUAUAUUGACAACAGCUGUUUGCAAAUUGCAGUUGCAGAGAAUGAUUUUAUUCAAGCUCCAUUUCUUUUGUAGGUCCUAAAAUAAUUUAUCCAUUAUUUUUAAACUUCUCUUUUUCCCUCUGUAAAUUGACAGCCUAAUCAACAGCCUGGAAAGAGCUGGUGCAUUUCGCACCAGAAAGAAGCACCACUGCUUCAAAAUCUAUCCAUUUUUCCCAGUUUCACUAUACUCCUCGCCAUUGGAACACCUUUUUAGCUCCGUUGAGUGAAGUAAUUCCGCUGCUAAAUCUUCAAUUUCGUCUUUUUACUCUGCUUCUCAACUUCAAGAUUUGUUAUUUCACCAAGAAUUGUGUGCAUUUCCUUUGAAAUCCCGUGUUCUUAUAGGUACUGCAUUGUUUGCAUCAAUUUUGGCUGUGGGAAGUUGUGGGAUUGCUAAAGUUCCAAUCUUGAUUGGAAAAAUCUGCUUGGAGUGGUGGGAAGCUAUGGAUAUUGCAGCUGUGUUCUUGCUCUGCAUUGUUGGUAGUAGGGUGUCAAUGGCUGCAUUCACACCUGCUAAUAACUACUUGCUUGCCUGUGGAUCUUCACAAAACGUGAUGUUUCUUGGCCAAACAUAUGCUCCUGAUUCCUCAUUUUCUUUGAAAAGCCGUGGGGAUUCUUAUGUUGCCGCCUCCAACUCCACCGCCCCUUUCCCUCUUUACCAGUCAGCCCGGGUCUUCAGGAGCACGGCGUCGUAUAGAUUUGAUAUAAAGCGACAGGGCCGGCAUUGGGUUCGCCUCCACUUCCACCCUCUCUCGGGCCAGAACCUGACUUCGUCUUCCAUCACUGUUGUGACUGAGGAUUUUGUGCUUUUGCACAACUUCAGUUUCGACACUUACAAGGGCUCGUAUCUCUUCAAAGAGUACUCAGUCAAUGUCACUUCGAACAGCUUGUUGGUUACGUUCAUUCCCGCCAAUGGCUCUGUGGCCUUUGUGAAUGCCAUUGAAGUAGUGUCUGCCCCGGACAGCUUGAUUCCUGACCAGGCUUCUAUUGUGUCGCCACAUGGUCAGUUUGACGGCCUUUCCGGGCUGGCUCUGGAGACCAUCUAUCGUCUGAAUAUGGGCGGUCCUCUUAUUACUGCUGAGAACGACACUUUGAGUAGGACUUGGGAGAACGAUGCCAAGUAUCUCCAUGUGAACAGCUCUGCGUCGAACGUCUCUGUCAGCCCUUUGAAUAUAAAAUAUGGUGAUGCUGCUGCACCUGAGAUAGCUCCUAAUUAUGUCUAUGCUACUGCUCAGACCAUGGGAGAUGCGAGCGUGUCUAACAUGAACUUCAACAUCACAUGGGUCCUCCAAGUUGAUCCCAGUUUCUCAUAUUUCUUGCGGGUGCAUUUCUGUGAUAUUGUGAGCAAAUCUCUGAAUAGUCUGAUAUUCAACCUAUACAUCAAUACUGAUAUUGCUGUUGGGAGUCUGGAUCUAUCGAAUAAAGCCGGUAACUUAGAUGUGCCAUAUUACACAGAUUUUGUCUCCAAAGUUCCUGCAGAUUCGGAUACUCUCACAGUAAGCGUUGGUCCCGACGUUAAUGCUGAUUUCCCAAAUGCCAUAUUGAAUGGUCUUGAAAUCAUGAAGAUCAGCAAUGAUGCCAAAAGCUUAACUGGAAGCUUGCCCGUGGAUACUCUCCUCGUGCUGCCUCCCAAAAAGCAUAAGACCGGUCUCAUAAUCGGCUCUGUGGUUGGUGCUGUGGUUGCAUUACUCCUUUGUGGAUUGUGUUACUUCUGCUUGGUGGCUCGUAGGUCGAAGGAAGCCAACCAAGGAAGUUCUUGGCUUCCUCUGCCCUUGUAUGGAAACUCUUUGACUAUGACAAAAAUGUCCACUGUUUCUCAGAAGAGUGGUACAGCCAGUUGCAUCUCGUUAGGUACUUCCAGUCUCGGCCGGUUCUUCAAGUUUCAAGAAAUAAUGGAUGCAACUAAUAAAUUUGAUGAAGGCAUGCUACUCGGUGUUGGUGGUUUUGGUAGGGUGUAUAAAGGAACUCUGGAGGAUGGAACUAGGGUGGCUGUCAAGAGAGGGAAUCCGAGAUCCGAGCAAGGCAUUGCUGAAUUUCGAACUGAGAUUGAAAUGUUGUCCAAGCUCCGCCAUCGUCACCUUGUGUCACUUAUUGGCUACUGCGAUGAGCGGUCUGAGAUGAUUUUAGUGUAUGAAUACAUGGCUAAUGGGCCUCUCCGGAGCCAUCUCUAUGGGACAGAUCUUCCACCCCUUUCCUGGAAAUUACGGCUGGAGAUAUGCAUCGGUGCAGCUAGGGGGCUUCAUUACCUCCACACCGGAGCGGCACAGAGCGUCAUUCAUCGAGAUGUGAAAACAACCAAUAUACUCCUAGAUGAGAAUUUCGUUGCAAAGGUGGCCGAUUUUGGUCUGUCUAAAGCCGGACCAGCCAUUGAUCAGACUCACGUGAGCACAGCUGUGAAAGGCAGCUUUGGAUACCUUGAUCCCGAGUACUUCAGAAGGCAACAGCUGACUGAGAAAUCGGACGUCUACUCAUUUGGUGUGGUUCUCAUGGAGGUGCUUUGCACGAGACCAGCCCUCAACCCGGUUCUUCCUCGAGAGCAAGUGAAUAUUGCUGAGUGGGCGAUGACCUGGCAAAAGAAGGGAAUGCUGGACCAUAUCAUGGACAAGAAUCUUGUAGGGAAGGUAAACAGUGCUUCUCUCAAGAAAUUUGGCGAGACGGCAGAAAAAUGCCUGGCCGAGCACGGUGUCGAUAGGCCUUCCAUGGGAGAUGUUUUGUGGAACUUGGAGUAUGCUCUCCAGCUGGAGGAGACGACGUCAGCCCUCAUGGAGCCGGAUGAUAAUAGCACAAACCAUAUCCCCGGCAUUGCCUUAACGCCGCUGGAGCCAUUUGACAACAGCGUGAGCAUGAUCGAUGGAGUGAACUCAGGAACAGACGACGAUGCAGCCACAAGUGCGGUUUUCUCUCAGCUAGUGAAUCCUCGUGGCAGGUGAACAAUGGGAAAUCUCGAUUUGGUUUGCUUGUCUGUGAUCGGUUGUUCUGACUGGACUCGACUUUCGGAUUCAAAGAUGACCUACAGAUAUUACAUGACUGAGCAUACAAAGGUGAUUUGCUAUUCAUUCUAUUGUUUGAAUUUCCUCAUUUUUUUCCCCUAAUAAUACAAAUACAAACAUGAGUGUAUGUAGUAGAUAGAGCAAAGCAAAUCCAUGUUACUCUUGCAUAUAUCCCACAAUGAUAUGUAUCCCUAUAUUUAAUUGGAUUAAUCCAUUUGUUUCUACAAUAAUAUUGUAAGUUCUGCAGAAA